AUGAUUGGAAUAUCUCGAUGUGAAUCAUUAGAUGAAAUUAUCAUCGAAGCUCAAAAAAUUGAAGAAAUACUCUAUCAGCGAAAUAAACAACAUCAUAAAAAUGAUAACCAUGAUUUAUUGCACAAUGAUAUAUCAACAACAUCAAUGUAUAAUAACGAUGAUCAUCACGAGGUGCAAACAAUGUCAGCUCAUCAAAUGAACCGACAAACAAAAUCAAACAACAGAGGAAAUUUCACGUCGAAUAGAAAUGGCAAUUAUAAUGCGACACCUCAACUAUCACAUUAUUCAACACAAGCCACAAGCAAUCAACGCAAUAUACAUUCAUUAAAUGAAACAAAAUGUUACAUGUGCGGAAGAAAAGGACACUUCAGAAAAGACUGUCCAUAUCAAUAUAGCACUUAUCAACAACAGAAUACUUGGCAUUAUUCAAAAAACGACAAUGGAGCACAGGAUGGACGGGUCCAUGUCGCUCGAAUGUAA